CUGAAUACGGCCAAUAGGAUUUCUACUCGAAUAUAUAGAUCAUUCUUUUGUACAAAAAAAAUACACCCAAAAAAUUUCAACAAUCUUCUGAUCAUCGAGAAUAACAAGAGAAUCAACAAUGAGUUUUCCAUCAGAGAAGGCGAACGAUUUGGGUUCAAACGAUGAAACGAUUAUUGUAGCUCAACAACUGAAAAUGCAAUUUCACGGCACCAGAAAAGGAGAUCUGGAAACCAUCGAAUCUUAUGUGAAGAAAUUGAAAUCGAUAGCCGAUUCUCUUGCCGCCAACGGAAAUCCUCUAUCAGAUCCAGAUUUAGUUUUGCAACUUCUUGCUGGUUUGCCUUCUCCUCAAUACUUGCCGUACCAGAACAGAAUCUCAUCUCAGUUCCCUCUCCCUGAUUUUACAGGCGCUUGUUCCUUGCUUUACAUGUACGAAUCACUAUUGCAGGAGCAACAAAAGGCAAAUACUACCAUUAGUGAUGAUAGUCCUAAUUUGGAGGAUGGAAAUUAUAAUACCGAAGGGACAUUUGAUAAGAUUUUUGGAGUAUUUAGUAGAGUAAACAAUGUGGUUACAACAGCAUGGGACGUUUGGAAUAUGUUUGGAAACUCAUCAACGGCAAAUACGACGGGAAACAAGAAAUAUUCAAAAAGACGUAAUCGAGGAAGGGGUAGGAGGUAGUAAUUUAUUUCAAGUUUUUUUUUUGUGAUUUUUCAUUUUAUGUAACAAAGACUGGAUUGUUUUACUUAUUAGAUAGUGUUCUUGUGGAUCA